AGACAUAGGUGUGUUUUAUAUGCAUAUGUAAAUAGAACAAGUUAGGUGUCAUUUUAACUUCCCUUGUCUAUAAUCACUUGAAGUUCCUUGUGCCAAGCAUAAAAUAAUUGCUGAUACCUGACUGUGAGGCCUUUUGGUUGCUGUCAUACGGACAGAGAGCAGCAGGCAAGAGUACAGAUACUCACUACUGCACACUCACAGAGCAGAGAAGCACAAUGAUAGAUGGGUGUCUAAAGAUGCCCCAGACCUUUGCCAGAUAUGGUUAAUUACAAAACAAAGCUCUACAUGGUCACGUCCAAAACCAGCAGUUACACCUGAGUCUUCACAGAGGAACUAGUGUUGUGGAGGAAGCCCCCUCCCUUCCUCACAGCUUCCUCACAAGAUUGCUUUGGGACCUUCGUAUAACUAAAGCUGCCUUCUAAAGCACUGUGCUGUGUAAACUGUGGUUUCUGAUGGUUUUAGUUCUCUUUAGUAUUUUUCUCUUCAUUCUAUGUAUUUUUUUCUUUCAAAUGUUUAUUUCUUAGGGUAUUUCACUGGAAGAGUUUGACAAGCUAUCUUUCAAUAUGAUUUUAAUGAGCCCUCCAUGUCAGCCAUUCACAAGAAUUGGCCUACAGGGGGACAUGAGUGAUCGAAGGACAAAUAGCUUCUUGUAUAUUCUAGAUAUUCUCCCAAGGUUACAGAAGUUACCCAAGUAUAUUCUUUUAGAAAAUGUCAAAGGGUUUGAAGUUUCUUCUACAAGAGGGCUGCUGAUACAAACAAUGGAAGCCUGCGGCUUUCAGUACCAGGAGUUUCUGUUGUCUCCGUCCUCUCUAGGCAUUCCAAACUCAAGGCUACGGUAUUUUCUCAUUGCGAAGCUUCAGUCAGAGCCUCUCCGUUUCCAGGCCCCUGGCCAGAUACUGAUGGAGUUUCCUAAUAGUGGAACAGUUCAGCCACAAGAAUAUGCAGUAGUUGAAGAAGGCAAGCUGAGAGUGAGGAGAAGGGAGCCAGAUGCCUGCCUUGAUAGCAGCAGCACCCAGUGCUCUGGACAAGGUAGCAUUCUUUUUAAGCACGAGACUGCAGCAGACAUUGACAGGAAGCGCCAACAGGACAGUGACCUCUCUGUGCAGAUGCUGAAAGGUUUCCUUGAAGAUGGUGACACAGCUCAGUACCUUCUGCCAGCGAAGUCGCUGCUGCGGUACGCUCUCCUCCUGGACAUCGUUCAGCCCACCUCCAGGAGGUCCAUGUGCUUCACUAAAGGGUAUGGAAGCUACAUAGAAGGGACAGGCUCUGUGUUACAGACUGCAGAGGAUGUGCAGAUUGAGAAUAUCUACAAAUCUCUUACUGAUUUGCCACCAGAAGAAAAGAUAGCUAAAUUGUCAAUGCUUAAACUGCGAUAUUUCACACCUAAAGAAAUUGCAAAUCUCCUGGGAUUUCCUCCAGAAUUUGGUAUGUGGGAUCCAUGUAGAGCACAGCCUUACUUAUUAAAGCGCUCAGCCCUUCCUUAGGAACUCA